AGGGAGCUGACAAAGCUCUGUCUUGUUGUUCAAUAAAAACUGACCCUUUCACAGGUUCCUGUGACUUUCUCACUUGCCACCUACUUGAAAAUUCGAAUUCAAUUCCUUUAUUAUAUUUAUUCAAAGCAGAACAAACGCCUCUGAAAUCUCUGACCCGAUAGUUUAGUCACAAAAUAUGCAUGUGCACCACCAGCCAAGCCAGUACUGCCACAACGCUAUUUGCCAUGCCCUAUAUCCUGCCGUGAGAACGUGGAAAAAGAAAAACUAUUUUCAGUUUUUUCACCCUUGGAACAUUCAACUUUCAGCAGAUAUAAUCUCAUCAGCAUGUGUUACUGAAGGAGAUUUAAGGGUGGAAAAGGUUCAGGUUCUGAUCAUUUUGAAGCUAUAGGUUGGCUUUGGUGUGAAAGAUUGGUGCUUAGGUUAUGGCCAUUCAAGCACAGUGGUAUCCAAAUAAUUCUGCUUCUCCGUUUUGCAACAAUGGUUUUUGUGCUGGUGGGCUUAUUGACUCUCAUAUCAAUUUCCAACCGAAAAAUCAUCUUCAACAACAGCAGUUGCAGCUAUCAGAACAGCAUUUGAAAGAGUUAUAUAAUGCGAGUCAUGGAACUGUUGAUCCAAAUCUUCAUGUUUAUAAUUCAAAAGCCGUGAAUUCUCAUAUGUUUGCUGUUCAGCUUGAGAAGCAAAGGGAGGAGAUUGAUCAGUACAUGAAAUCCGAGGAUGAGAAAUUGAGAUAUAUGCUACGGGAGCAUGGGAAACAAGUGAUGGCAUUGUUGAAGAAACUGGAAUCUCGAUCACUUCAUGUUUUAAGGGAAAAAGAUGAAGAAAUUGCGCAAGCUAUUAAGAAAAGGGUGGAGUUGGAAGAGUAUUUAAGAAAGCUAGAGGCAGAAAAUAUGAAGUGGCAGAAAGUGGCUCAAGAGAAGGAAAACAUGGCAUUGUCCCUCUAUAAAACAUUGGAGGAAAUGACAGAAAGUGGCAAUUUUUUGAACAAUGGGAUGGUGGCAAAUGAUGCAGUGUCCUUUUGUGGCGAAACUGGGGGAAAAGAAGAGAUGGACGAAGAAGAAGCAACAGCAGAGAAAGAGAAAAAACGUAUAGAAUGUUGCGGUGGGGUGAGUGAGUUUGAACAGAAUACGAGAAGAGGAGUAAUGGUUUGUAAAAGCUGUCAUUCUAGGAGCUCGAGCUUUCUGUUUCUACCAUGCAGGCACCUUUCUUGCUGCAAAGUUUGCAACACUUUCCUCGAGGCAUGCCCCGUUUGCAGCACACCAAAGAAGGCUACCAUUGAGUUGAGACUUUGAUUUUUUAGGCUGAUAUGAGACUACAGGCUUUCAUUUUCUAGGCUGAUUGAUUGAUAUUCCCGGAAAAAAAAAAAAAGUAAAUACUAGUAGAACAGAUCAUAGAGAUUGCUUAGCUGUGAUGGUUGGAUGAUGGAUCUGCUGAGAUACACAGCAAGAUGUAUGGACAUUACUUAUUUUCACUGAGUUCAAUGUUUCUAGACUUAACUAUAGGUUUUUUUAAGUUUUCAUUCUAAUGCCUGGUUUACUUUUCUUAGGCCCUUUAUGUAUUUAGAUCUAAUUUGUUCUUGAAUUGAAAAGACAAUCCAGACCAGUACAAGAAAAUUUGCUAAAUACAAUAUGUUUAGCUUUUGCUUUUAAAUUUUCUGUUUUCAUAUAGGGUCAAUUAGUGAUUUUUGUUUUUCCCUUCCAAAAAUUCAUCCACGACCAUGUAUAACUUGAUUGUUUCUGUGGC